AUGUAUAAAACCUAUGAUGAAAUAUUGUCACAGAUAAUUCAAGAUCAAAAAGAUCGCAAAAAUUCAGAAGAUAGCACAUCCAUUACUCUUAUACCAACUGAAUCCCAAUCACUACAAUCAAGAAAUGCUCAUUUUCUAUGGUUUCUUCUUUAUAUUGAAGUUUUAAUUCGAAUACAACAUUCGCAAGAUGCUAAAAAAGAAUUCGUAGAAAUGUGCAAAAAACUAUAUGCAGAUAAACCAAAUGAUUUGGCUUGCAUCGAGCUCUUCGAGCGCGAAUACACGUCGAGCAAAGCGAUCUGGUGGUACAGUUUAGAUUGCUUUUUAUAUCGACUAUUAAACAGAGCCCUACGUAAUCGUGAUUUUGAUUUGCUUUUCGCACUUCGAUUCUUCAUCACUGACUUGGCGCUUGCUAUCGAACAUCAGUACGAGCAGUACCUUCGGGUUAGUACAGAACGCGAUACUGUGAAAGUCUUUCGGGGUCAAUGUGUCAGUAGCAAUGAACUACAAUUGAUGCUCGACAAUGUAAACGAAUUUAUUUCGAUGAACAGUUUCUUCUCAACUAGUCGCGAACGUCGAGUAGCGAUGAGCUUUCUCCAAAAUCGCUCCGUGGAUGGUAAAGAUCGAUGUGUUCUUUUCGAAAUAACGAUUGACUCACGUUUACCAAUAAAACCAUUUGCGGAUAUCAAAGAAUACAGUGAAUUUGCCACAGAAGACGAAGUAUUGAUUACUCUGGGAGCGCUCUAUCGUAUUGAUAAAAUAAUCGAACAUCCUGAGGAUGGACACCAUGUAGUUCAGUUAUGUUUAGCUAGUGAUAAUGAUUAUCGUUUGAAAGAAAUUUAUGAUUAUUUAAAACAAAAAAUUCGAAAUGAAUAUACACUUGAUUCUCUUGGAAAAAUUCUUCAUGAAAUGGGCGAAUAUCAGCAUGCACUGAAAUACUAUGAUCGAAUGAUUCAUGAAACGCAAAUCAUGCUUGCCAAUUGUCACAUGGGUAUCGGUCGAGCCAUGUAUGGUAUAACAAGUUAUGAUAAUGCAUUGAAACAUUAUGAAGCGUGUUUGACAAUUCGAAAAAAUCAACUAGACGAAAGUCAUGCUGAUGUUGGAAUAAGUUAUAGUCGCGUUGGAGCAGCGCUUUGUCGGCAAGGAGAAAUGCGUCGAAGUUUGGAGAACCUUAAUAGAGCGACAAAAAUUCAAGAGCAAAUACUGCCACCCAAUAGUCUUGACUUAGCUGAAACAUACAAUACUCUCGGCUUGGCUUAUUUUACGUUGAAUAAUCUUCAACAAGCGGCGAACUAUUUUCAAAAAACACUCGACAUUCGUAUACAAGUUCUUCCGCAAGACCAUCCUGACAUCGGAUUUGCUUACAAUAAUCUGAGUCGCGUUCUUGAGAACGAUGAACACUACGAACAAGCAUUGACGUACGCAAAGAAAGCAUUGGCUAUCAGUUUAAAAAUUUUACCUCCAAAUCAUCCGGAUGUCGAACGAAUCAAAGAUAAUAUAAGACGAAUGAUGAAGAUUGCCAAUGUACAAAACCUGACACCUACAUCAAAGGAUGACUCAGAGUAUGUAUUGCUGGCUUCACUUGGAAUGAAUUGA